GAGAGAGAGAGAGAGAGAGAGAGAGGGAGAGGGAGAGCGAGCGAGAGAGAAGGAGGAGGAGAGAGAGGCGAGCGCCGUUCUCCCCUCCCGGUGCACUUGGCAGUGAGUCGCGGGCUGCUGCUGUUGCUGUCGUGGCGGUGUGUGUGGCUGCAGGUCGCGCCUGGCGGGGGAACUUUACCACACUGGAGCCAGCUCUCUCUCACCUGCGCAGUUCGGAGCUGCCAUGGGUCUCGCGUCUGGAUUUACUAUCUUAAUCAUUCUACCGGCCUUUCUGCACACCGGGGGCGGCCUGUACAUCGCCAGUAGCGUUGACUCCCUGCAGCAUGUGCUGGGGGAGUAUGGACUGGUGAGGCCCGUCGCCGUGGACGCAGAGGGUCGCUUCCUGUCGCACGCCGUCUCGGCGGUGCCCGCGGCGACGGGACAGCCCCGUAGGCGCUGGAGGAGGGAGGCUGGAGGAGGAGGAGGAGGCGGAGGAGGAGGAGCAGGAGGAGCAGGAGGAGGACCGGGGGGGCCGCGGGCGGAGGAGGCGCUGCCGGGGCCCGGCCGGCUCUACUACAACGUCACCGUCUUCGGCCGAGAGCUGCACCUCCGGCUGCGCCGCAACAGCCGGCUGGUGGCGCCCGGAGCCAGGAUGGAGUGGCACGACGACGGCGGCGGCACGCAGCGCGCCGAGCUCCUGCACGACGACUGCCUGUACGUGGGCGACGUGGCGGGCGCGCCCGGCGCCACCGUGGCCAUCAGCAACUGCGACGGCCUGGUGAGUGAACCGCCGGGCCCCGGCGCCCUCUGUACGGCGGCUGCUGCUCGGGCUCCUUCGGCCCCCGGCUGUACGGCCGCUGUACGGCCGCUGUACGGCCGCUGUGUAUGUGAUGGGGUUUGGUAAAAAGCUGUUGAGGCUCCGCCCAUGUCGUGAUGUCAGAGUGGGCAGAGUUGGGGCUGGGGUCUUGUCUUUGUUUGUGGAUCUCCUGGAAGCACCUUGAGGUAUGAAGUGGGUUGAAAGAGGUGGAUCACCAACAGUAGCCUCCGGCUAAACGCACCCAUCCAUCACAGACACCCCCCGUCCCUAUUCAACCCCCUCCACCACCACCCGUCUCACCGUUCUAGAGGUUGCAUCCACUGGAUACACCGUGUAUUUGUAAAUCCCGCUCUCUAUUUAACUGAGCCUGUUCCUGAUGUUCCGUCAGAUUCAGUGGCGACGCGAGGCUGUACUCGCAGAUCAUGGGUACCGCUGUAAACGCCCGGUACCGUCGGUACCGCUUUAGAGACGCGCCGAUGUUGAUGAUGAUGACAGCGAGAAGUUGGCAGAUGAGUGUUGGCAAGGUUAAGCGGAGCGGGUUUGCAUGAGGAUGAUGAAGAGAAUGCAAAUGAGACGGAGGAGUGGCGAGGAGC